UAUACUGAUUAUGGAUAACUAGUGAUCCUAAUGGAGAACACAUGAAUUCUGACAGGGUUUAAGUACAUAAGUAUAUAAGUGAGUGUCAGUUUGGAAAGUUCUUCUAAUUUUUUAUAGGUUUUUUGUUUUCAGUAUGUUAUUUUCAACUUUGAGGUCUUUAUUGUUUCAUUGUUCGGGGAUUAAUCUUAUUCUUAUUCUGGGUAACUACCUCAUUAUAGACUUGAUUGCCUAUUUAGGAUUUAUGUCCUUCUUGGUGUGAAAUUACAAUUGUUUUAGGUCCUGAAGCAAAGUUUUCCUGGCAAAAUAUAAUCAGGACUCUGAUAAUUACUAAUUUACUUACUGAUCCUUUUAUCUGUUUCUUUCUUACUAGAUCCUGGAUUUGAGCAUUUUAAGAUAGCAGAAAAAUCCCAUGGGAAUUGGAUCAAGCUCUAUCUAGAGGGAAAUGAUUCAGAAGUCCUCUUAAACCUUGGCAAAAAGGUCCUUAAGCAAUAUUUAGAGGCUCUGAAGAUCUUGAGUUCUUCACUAAGCAAGCAAGUGGCACAAUACGACAUGUAUUCAAUGACAGUGGGGACUGUGAUAGUCAUGGAGGUUCUACUUCUGCUUUUGCUCAGCAUGUCGAAAGCACUGAGCAGCAGGGCUGAAUUUGAAGUGCCACUCUCACCUCUGCUGUUUUCUCUGCUGUUUUACUUGAUGUGCCUGAUGCUCUGUGCAGUUCAUGUAAUUGUAUGCACAUCAGCAGAAAGCCUGUGCUAUUUCUGCAGUAUAUCAUGGUUAACGGCAGUUGGAGUGAUGAUGCUGAUUUCUGCACUUAUGUGUGUAAUUUUAUCCACCAUUGGAAAGAUGAUCGAGAAUCCCAAACUUCCAGCUAAGAACCCAGCUGUCUCCAGUUCCCGCUGGUCAGAACUAGAUAUACUCAUUUUGGCAGGAACUGUUGGCUAUGCUGUGAGCCUGGGAGCAAGCAGCUUUAUAGAAGAGGAGCACCAAACCUGGUAUUUUCUUAUCAAUACUCUUUGCCUGGCACUAUGCCAGGAAAUGUGUAGACACUACUUUCUUGUGAAAGAAUGUGAUCUUCAGCUUAGUACUGCUGUGAAACAAAAUUUUGAAGAUAUUGAGGAAACGACCCAGUGCAGGAAGGUUGAUAUACCAUCAUGUGACUCAAAAUGGGGCAAAGUCAUCUCUUCAGGUGAAUUUCUAAAAGGCUCAGAAAAGUGGAUGGGUUUAGCAAGUCCAUUAAUCAUCCUUAUUUGCUGUCGGUUACUUCGUUCAUUAAAUCAGACGGGAGUUCAGUGGGCUCAUCGACCCGACUUUGGACAUUGGUUGACAAGUUCUGAACACAAAGCUGUACUGUCCCUUCUGGCAGCUGUCUCCUUAGUUAUGCUCUUCAUUCUGGUUCAGAGGAGAUGCUCCCUGGUUUCGAAAAUAGCGAUGGCACUUGGGCUCUUGGGAGUCUACAGUUACCGGGCAGCCAUUGGAAAUGUUGUAUUUCCAUGGCAACAAGACAGCAAAGUUAUCUCAAAGGGAAUUAUUGAAGCUCGUUUUGUUUAUGUCUUUGUUCUUGGCAUAAUCUUCACUGGAACCAAAGAUUUACUCAAAUCACAGGUUAUAUCUGCAGACUGCAAGACCAAGAGUAUCGGUUUAUGGGAAGUAUAUUGUGGAUUGGUUCUGCUAGCAGCCCUGCUAUUUAGACCCCAUAACCUGCCAGUUUUGGUGUUUUGCCUACUGAUUCAAAUGAUAAUGACAAGAUGUAUCUGGAAGCCGCUAAAAUUUGAUGCAGCUCAAAUUACUAUGAUGCAUUAUUGGUUUGGCCAAGCUUUCUUCUAUUUUCAGGGAAACUCAAAUAGUAUCGCUACAGUGGAUAUUUCAGCUGGUUUUGUGGGAUUAGACAACUAUGUGGAAAUACCAGCAAUUUUUCUUACAGGGUUUGCAACAUACGCAGGACCUUUGCUUUGGGCCAUUCACUUGCUGUGCUACUUGAGUUCCGAAGUUAGCAGGGAAGGUCUAAACCUUAAAAACUGAGGUUUCUGGUUUAACGUGGUUUACCCUGAAAUUCUCAUGGAAGAACUUGAAGAGACUCUCAAUACCUGAACUGUUUAUUGGACUAUAACCUUUAAAAUUGAUUCCAAAAAGACUUUUACAAAUCAGCAGCCUCACCAUCUCUGCUGUGAAACUGACUUAAGGCUUUUACACACCUCUGUAUAUAUAUUGAUCUUUUAACUACAGCAACUUUCUUCUUUCUUUUUCUUUUUUAUUGUUAAACCUCGAGUUUUUUAGUUACUAAAGGAUUGGCAUCUGCAUGAUUAUUGGGUAAGAUCUGAGACUCGUAUUGACCUGGUGAUCAGCAUCCGGUCCUUUGGGACUGGUGAAUUAGACUCGUAUAUGGUGAAUCAGAUUUUCAAUAACCUCUUACUAUAUUAGAAUUGGCUGUCUAGAUGGGAGUCGUGGGCUGGAACGCUUAAAGGAGACUGUAUUUGACUUCUUGGUAAGCAAUGUGAUAUUACAGAAGCUGUUUUGUUAUUGGCCUGGUGAAUCUAAUUAUAGAAUAAACCACCAGUUUUGGCAUUUGUCUGCCCUAUUCUUUGCAGUCUGCCCUGAAUAUAGCAUUUAAAUUGUGGUGCAUCCAGGCACCCGGUCACACAAGUAUUCAGUGUAAAUGGGUGAUAUACUUUUACAAGAAAAGAGUGGUUUUCUUUUCACAUUUUUUGCCAGCAUAAUGUUUUUAUUUUUUAAGUUCACCUCCAUACUAUAUACCCUAUUUUCAGUGGAAAUAGGCAAGCGAGGCAUUGUAGGGUGAAAGAGUUGGUGAAGAACAUUAACUGUUGGGAUGUGUGAGAGCAAGGCGAGCAGAAAAUCCAUAAAUAGUGUGGGAGUUCCCGGCUUUGCCUCUGUGUAUGUCCUUAAAUAUUAAUUUAGAAGGAAGAUUUCCUUUUAAAGCCCCUGCCUGAGCUGGACUAUAUUUAGUGUUUGGAGUCAGAACAGGGAAUUUGCAGUAAUUGCAUCAUUCAGUGCAGCAAUUGCUGCACAAGAGUCUGAUAAGCCUUUGAUUUUUCUGGUUCUAGUUAUCUUCAGCAUACAUUUAAGUGAGCAAAUUCUGAUUUAUCCACAGUAUGUUGACUACUUCUCCCUCUUUCUGUACCUUAUCCCUUAACUCACCAACAAAGGAAGUAAUUGUUGCAGAGUUCAUAUGCUAGGAAAGCAGCCAUAGAUCAGAACUUUAGAUGGGGUCUAUAACUUGUCUUAGUCUUGCAUAUGCUCAUUUUUAAGGGCACUCUGUGGCUGUUAUUGCUGGUAUUAGUAUUCAACGCUGAAAUGGAAGAUGUAUUUUUUUUAUUACCUCAAAAAUUUUAACCCAGCUACCUAAAGAUUGUGAUUUCAUCAGUUAAGCCAACUGGGUCUGAUUUAUAUUGGGUUUGGAGACAUUCAAGGAAAAUCAAUCUACUAUGGAACAGUCUUCAUACUUUAAUAAGUACAGUAGUUGUUCUUGAAGCCAUUAGCCGACCAGAAAGCCAGCAUUUUUAUGGAAUGCUGUGCUGCUGAAGGAGCUUUUUAGGAAUAUGACAUUAAAAUCAUUGUAACUACUUAUGCUCACUAAACAUUUCAUGAUCCUUUCUUCACGAGUUAGGGGAUUAGCUCUUAUACCCUAUCUAAAAUCUAUUCGAUUACGUUCUGCUUACUGAAAUCCCUUCCUGUCAGCGCUAAACUACCUCAUCCUGGAUUCCUUGCUGCAAACAGUCUUCUUACACUCCUGCAUAGGUUCAGAGCUGUGUGCUUUAUUUACAAUGUGCUAUAAAAGAGUU